GACAGUAAGUGACAAAACACCCCGCGUUCAAUCCACGGAAUUUGGCACUCUCCCUCCCACUUUUUCUCUUUUGCUUCUCUCUCUCUCUCUCUCUCUCUCUCUCUCUCUCCAUUCUCGAGCGCUGCGUCGUCGGUUCCCAUGUUGCUGUGUUUCACGGACCACCGGAACAACAGAUGCAGAGCUCCUUCAGUUUCAAUUGCAACUGGGUACUACUGGCUGUGCUUACUCAACUCGCUCUUCGUCAUCACUACCACUGCUUGCUCUAAUGGCAAUUGCCAGCUCCUGGAUUCGUGUUCAGCGGUUUCCGACUGUGGGCCUGGUUUGUACUGUGGGAAUUGUCCUGCGGCGGGAAAGAACCAGCCCAUCUGCACUAGAGGCCAAGCAAACAUACCGACUUCCAUUAUCAAUGGGUUGCCCUUCAACAAGUACACAUGGCUGGUAACCCAUAAUUCGUUCUCCAUUGUCAAUGCCCCACCUCUGGCCGGUGCCCAGAGAAUGACAUUUUACAAUCAGGAAGACACUGUUACUAAUCAGUUGACGAAUGGAGUGAGGGGAUUGAUGUUGGAUAUGUACGACUUUGAAAAUGAUAUCUGGCUCUGCCAUUCGUUUCGCGGGCAGUGUUACAACUUCACUGCAUUUCAACCUGCUAUUAACACUCUGAAGGAAGUUGAAGCAUUCUUAGCUCAGAACCCAUCAGAGAUUGUGACAAUUAUAAUUGAGGACUAUGUGCAUACUCCAAAAGGGCUGACAAAUUUGUUCACCAAAGCUGGAUUAGUCAAGUACUGGUUUCCAGUUGCCAAGAUGCCAAAAAAAGAUGAAGAUUGGCCCACUGUGACUGAUAUGGUGCAACAAAAUCACCGCCUUCUUGUUUUCACUUCUAUUGCUUCAAAGGAACAAGAUGAAGGGAUUGCUUAUCAGUGGAGGUACAUGGUGGAAAAUGAGGCUGGUGAUGGUGGGGUACAACGAGGCUCAUGUUCAGAUAGAAAGGAAUCAAAGCCUCUCAAUUCAAGAAGUGCUUCUAUUUUCUUACAGAAUUACUUCCCAUCAUUUCCAGUUGAAAAUGAAGCUUGCAAGGAGAAUUCAGCUCCGCUUGCUGAGAUGGUUGGUACCUGUUAUAAAGCAGCAGGAAAUAUGAUGCCUAACUUCUUGGCAGUUAACUUUUACAUGAGAAGUGAUGGAGGUGGUGUUUUUGAUGUUGUGGAUAGAAUGAAUGGCCAGACACUGUGUGGCUGUAGUACUCUCACUGCCUGCCAGCAAGGAGCACCGUUUGGAUCUUGCAAGAAUAUUUCUGCCUCUAAUAGAACCCCAACUGCCAAUACUAUGGGAAGUUUUUCUGGAUCUGUGCAGUUAUCAGGAUCUGCUUCAACAUUCCAUUUCCCAGAGAUCUUCGUUUUCUCCUUGUUUCCAUUUUUGCUCAUGGUGCUUCGAUUAUAACUAAAUAGAUAAACAUUGGCUGAUUUAAAUAUAUAUAUAUAUAAUAUUGGUGCCACCUUAUGGAGGAGCUUCUAUUAUGGUAGUAUGUAAAAUUUGGAGUGAAAAAAAGGAAGGAAAAGGUGCAUACCUGCUAUAUGAGCAAAAGUGCAAGGAUCGCUAGCCAGGGUUGUAAAUUGGGAUUAAAGAAAGGAAAGCAUAUUGAGGCAAAUGCAUGGAGUUGUACAGGAACCUAUGACAUAGUGAUCAAAAGGGGCCUAGAAAAAGCUGACAAGUCAAUCAGGUAUACUUCAUUCUGUGGCUUUGUUGAUAGUAUCAGCUGCUGCAUGUUUGAUUAUUAAUUUUUAUCAUCUUGCUGCUAUGCAAAAACAUCAUGUUGGGAUUGUGCUAGAUAUGCAUUCUCUAGUUCCUUAUUUUGCUUUUGCAAUGUGUGACGGUCUUACAGUCUUGUGACCAUGACACAUGGUUUUUUCUUGUUGUUUUAACUUGGAGGAAACUUUAGUUCACAUGGAUUCAACUAUGUAGAUGUCAUGGGAAUGGAUUAGGUAAGUCACUGUGAAGUUGUAGUUGAUUCGGACAGUCCUUAUGGUGGCGUUCUCGAACCUAGAUGUAUGAUCAUUAGAUGCUUGAUUGGUUACUUGUUUGUGAACGAGAAUGCUUCAGAGACGGUACUUUUGGAGGGACACCAAGUGAGCGGCCUACCUCCCCUGGUAUCCUAUUGGGUACUAAGUGCGCUCUUUGAGAAGAGUCAGGAGUGGGCUCUUGACAUCCUCACGGAGUGUGCUAGUAGGCUUCCGUGUGGGAUUUGGAGCCCCGUGGAUGAUCUGUUUGUGUUUAAGUUUGCACAAUACUCUCAGCCUGGAGGUUGCGAACUUGCGAUGUUUGCCCUUGUAGGCUGUCAGCUAUACUGCUGGGCAGUGUCUUCUCAAACCCAAUUGGACUAUUGAGGGAUGUUGAUCCUUCGUUUGUGUUGCUCGAGCAGUAUAUGGUGCCACUUCCCUUAGCCCCGACUAGUGGGUGAUAAGUGAUAGGUACUUUGACACGAGAAUACUGCUGUGGUGAGGAGAGUUACCCUCAAUACUGGUGGAAUGUGAGGUUAACUCCUUUACCGUUCAAGUCAUGGUUCCUUGGCAUCAACCUCUGCUGGGAUAAGGGAUUUUAAGCCAUUAGACUUAACCACUAGGUUGGAAAUUAGAGUGUUUCCAUGGAUGAGGAUGUGUACAUUGGGCAGGACUUGGUGCUGUCUUGUCGUCGUGCAGGCGUCACUCCGUCACACUUUAGAAAGAUCAAGACAAGGGUGAUUCCUUGUGGCCUUGGAGAUUUCUAGUUCUGUGACGCAAUGCCUUUUCAAUUGAUUUCUUGUUUUUUGAUCUAUCAAAAUAUUAGAUUUGUAGAGCAUAUAUUUUGAGCAAGUUUCUUAGCUGAAUUGAUGUUUGUGAACCUAUUGCAUAUUUUCUGACUUUUUUGCAAUGUUGUUCAUAUGCUAGAUAAACCAUUUUUGUGCCAUGAUGCAUAAAAAAUGUAUUGUAGGAUUGUGAGCUAUCUUUUUUUUCCUUUCAAUUGAUCAGUAAAUUGAGAUUUCAUUAUAAGGGCGCCAAGGGGUGCCAUGCACACAAAGAAAAGAGAAAGAAACAAGAAGUAUUCAAUCAACUUUGUGCUAGAAGUCAAGAAUUGUAUGUGUGUAGCAUGGUGCAACGGUCUUGGGCCUAACUCUGAUUUGGUAUUGUCCGCUUUGGCCCACUGGCCUCAUGGGUUUGUCCUAUAAAAGGCGCCUCCUAUAGUUGGAGUCCAAACCAUCCUUAUAAGCCCAAGAUCUCCCUACUACACAUUCGAUGUUAAUAUGACAUGCUCUCUCGUCCGACUGAUGCCCUCGUCAGAGUGACUUACACCUUUAUGUAGGAUCCACCCACAUGAUAGUAUCCCCAGGGUGGCUCUGAUACCAAAUAUAAUGGUCUUGGGCCCAACUCUGGUAAGGUAUUGUCCACUUUUGCUCAUUGGCCUUAUGGAUUUAUCCUAUAAAAGGCGCCUCCCAUUGUUGGAGUCCAAACCAUCCUUAUAAGCCCAAAAUCUCCCUAGUGACACAUGGGCAGCCCACUAAACCAACUUGUAACUGCAAGAGUUUAGCCAUCUAUCCUUGAGGUUGUGGGGGGAGUAGUUUUCCCUUCAAAAGCUCUAGCAUUUCUCUCUCUCCACACUGUCCCAAGAAUAGUGAGUGGGAUCAAGGGCAGGGCUUUUUUUCCUUUCCCUGUUCGAGCUACACCUCUCCAUGCCGAGAUUUCUUUUCCCCCAAUUUCAGCAGUGAUCCAGUGUUGCCUGUAAGAACAGUUUCCAGAUUCCAAAAACUACUGGUCCAGGGGCAGUGAAUCAGUAAAUAAUACAGAAUUUCAGUAUCUUUGUUGCAUAGAAAGCAUCUAUUGACCAAAGCGAGAUUUCUUUUCUCAAUUAGAUGAGGAUCUUCCCCAAAGUUGCCUCUCAACCUAAAAACCAACUUUGGUGGCAGAGGAGUUUUCUAAGUAGUUUUCCAGAGGAGGUUAAGCCUAGCCUCAGAGGGGUUGUCCAGCUACCUGAAGAAGGAACAGACAGUGAAGUAGCUAUUUUUGUUAAUCUUCCGUAUAGGCACAUUUGGAUCUGUACCUUUGGGGACAUUCUGUAUAACUUUUGAUCAUGGGCAUUUCUCACAAAUGGGAGGUCCCAAACUAUCCCAUUGAUAAAGUGAUCAGAACAUUCUCACCAAAGCAUCUUUUUUCUAGAUUGAAAAUAGCGGCAAAUUGAAAACUAAGAUGGGAUGAGCUAAACCAGCAGUCAUGCCAAAAGAACAUGUUCCCAUCUCCGGCAUGGAAGUGGAUGAGAGUGAACAAAUCCUCCAUCCUUGCAUGAUCCGCUUCCAAAUACUUACUCCAUAGGAAUGCCUGCCCACCCAUUGUGAUUUAGACCAGUAACAUUGAGGAAUGACUAUUUUUUUGUGAUAGUUGAAGUUUGGGCCUGGAGUGUUCCAUCCAAUCCCUCAAUAUCAUAAAAAAUAAUUCAAACUUUUUCCUUUGUUUUUAGCUUUCCUUUUGUGCAAGUAAAAAUAAAGGUCAGACAGUGCCUGCAUGGAAAUUAUUUUUAGGGGUUAUUCAAUUCUGUUGGCAAGCACUGAAACUCAGUAAUUUGUCAGAGACUGUGUGUAGUGUGUGGAGCUACACAUUUUGCAUGGAAGAUUUCAAGGUUGUGAUAGUCUUCGUCAGAUAACAUCUAGAAAAAAUGUGGUGCCUUUAAUUUCUUGGGCACUAGAGCACCUAUUCACCAUGGUGAGCUGGAGAUUGGUUAUGGCAACAUGGGUCUUCUGUUGGGCUUGUUUCCGACUUAUGAGAAUGUGGAGAAGCAAUUUUAUGAUACCUACUGGUGAAUUAUGUAAUAUUUAGACUUUGGCUUGAAGAAAUGAUAUGGCAAUUCCAAUUUUGUUCCUGCCACCAAUAUGCUUAGUGAUUUGACCUAGAUUUCUAAUUUGCUUGAAAGGAAAUGUAAACUGCAAAUAAAGUGCUGUUUGGUAUGAUUUCUAUCAUUCGAUUUCUGUUUUCAUUGUUGUAUAGUGAAAAAAUAGGUUAUGAGAAGUGCGCUUGUUUAUGUUUCUGGUUUUUAGUUUCUAUUGCACGAGUGAAAACCAGAUUAUGAUUUUUUGCUGUUGUGGCAACCUGUUUCUCUAGUACCUUAAUAUCCAGAAUUGACUUUUAUGGAUUAAAUUGUUCAUUCUAUAUAAAUUUUUAAUUAAAAUAAAAAUAAAAUGACCAUGUGAAUUUAAACGAUAAGUAAAAUAAUAAUAUCCAUCAUAUUUCUAAAGUUGUGAAAAAUAAUAAAAAUCAUUCAAAAAUAAGUUCAUUUUUCAAUUGUCAUUUGCAAUAUGAUUGCUCUUGGAGCACUAAAAAGUGAGUUUUAAAUUAUAAUAACAAAAUAAAAUAAUUAUAAUAAUUUUUAUUUUUAUUAUAAUAUUUUUUAAUUUAUAUUAUUUUACAUUUUAUUAAUUUUAAUCAUAUUUUAAAACUUUUAUUUGAUUCAAGAACAAAAUUGAACAAGAGUUUAGGUAGGUUUUUAAUUUUUUUAGUAGUGGAAGUAUUAACCAAAUAGGUUGCUAGUUUUUAGCUUUUAGUUUUUGUUUUUAGUUUUUAGUUUCCAUUUAUAGUUUUCGUUUCUAUAAUUUUUGAUAGGGAUACCAAAAAUCCCCAAGCUGUCUAACAUUACUCCAUGGAAAAAACCCUGUUUUAUGGUUUCUACCAAAAAUCCCCAAGCUGUCUGGCGGGUAACUCACUGUUGCCUGGUCAUAAGAAGAGGCCAAGCUCCCAAAAAGUUCCUGCCCUUGGAAGAGGAUGUGAUCAACAACUUGAGCAUUAUCCAAACACACAAUGUACCUAUAAAAACGGACAGCCUCCUUUUUUGCAGGUUAUGGAGGGUAAUAAUCUUCCUGAGAGUUGCCUCCCAUGCAAAGAAAGCAACUUUUGUGGUGCUGCUGUUUUGCAGAGGAUUUCCAGGGUCAGUUACUGCAACUGAGGGAGUGAGAUUCCAGUAAUAAGAUCUGACUCCAAAUCUACCAUUUUUUAUGUGGGAUCACUUGGGUGGUGCUUAAUAUUUUAAAUUUGUACAAGCUGCUGUUAAAAUCUGUAAGGUGAUAAAUAUACGAAUCAGACAUUUAUUAACAAGGAAAUGUUCCAAAGGUUAGAGCAUCCUCUUGCAUUCCCCACUUGAAAAACUGUAAGAGAGAUAAAAAUCAUCCCCAUCUUCCCUGAUGAAUUUCCAAACUCUUAACACCGUAAGCUCCUUUUCCAACUCUAGUGGUCCUACCAUUAAGCUAAAGACCAUAUUUGAAGAACCAUUUGCAAUGUGUUUCUUCAAUUUCCCCAUAUUAUAGAAAUUGCUUGAAUCAAACAUUUCAACGCAUAACAUAUAGAAAACGUUUUGAACUUUUUGGUGGCUGAUUAAGGUUUCACCCUAUAAUUUCCAAAAGUAGACUGUAUUGCCAUAAUUUCUGGAAGUCUCUCUUUGGGAGGAUUUUUUCAUGACAACUGGAAUACAGUGUUACUUGAGUUUCAACUUAAUCUCGUCAAAUUUUUUCUAAUAUUUUGCAGGUCACUUCCUUUGUCUGUUUGAGAAUCUUCUUUCUCAAUCCUUGCUGAACCACUCAUAUUAUGAUUGGCCUCAACAAAUGCAAACCCUGCUAAGCAAGCAACAAUAUAAUGAGUCUGUCUACAUGAACAACAGGCAUAUAUUCGCCAAUAUAAGAUUUAGAAAUGUCUAAUUUUUCCUUUGUUUAAAUUUAUGUUAAUUGUUUUUGUGAAACCACGUUUUCCUUUAAGUGUCAAUUAUGCUUAUAUCUCAAUGUUCAUUUCCGUUGCUUUCAUCUGAUUUCCUUAAACUCCAUUUAACAAUUUUGGAUUUUGACUAAGCAGGUUACGGUGUUUUUAUUUAAAAUUUGCUUCAUGAUUCCCAAUUUCUCCUUAAUAGGGAAGUGUUGGACUUCCUAGAGUUUGGAUUCCUCUGAGUAGUUUAUUGUAGCAACAAAAUAUAACUGUUUAAGCAGUUGCUAAUAAGCUUGUAGCUUUUGCGAUCAAGGUUCAGUGUUUGUAUUUGGAUUGGUGUCAAAUUCGAACCUUGGUGCAUGUAGACUACUAACUUGAUCUCUCUCUGGGUGAGAUUUGCAGUGUAUUGUAUUGGUAAUUUGUUUUCAUAGUUUAUUAGUGAAUUUGGCAGUGCAUUAUAUUGUCAAUUUUAUGACUAAUUUGGUAGCUCGGUGCAUCUGGACUAAUAAUUUGACGUCAUGUUUCCUAUGAAUGCUGCCAUGAGUAUGAUCUGGUUGCCAUUUUUUUAAAAAGUAAAUUUUUAUUUUUGCGUUCAAAACUGUCUCUGAUUUUCAGGGGAAAGGGAAUAUUUAGCUUUGGUCUUUAGUGAUAAAAUGUUUAACUACAUCUGUAUUCUAAAUUUAGAAAUUUCAAUCUGGGAAGUGAAGAUACAUGUAAUGCAUUCUAUUUAUUACAAGAAUGAAUUUGCUGGUCAUAUUGCAAACUCAUUUCUAAUCUAAUCCUGAAUCUAGUGUGAAAAUCAUGAUAUUUUUUUCUUGUUACAUGAUCAUAUUAUUCCAUCCCCUUCCCUUGUUUUUGUAUUUUUCAGGUUCGUCAUGAAGGCAGUCAAGAUGUAGCAGUAGAUAGGAGGGGAAUGUAAGGCUUAGCAUAUACGUAGAGGUGCUCCCGUUCUUGUCACUCAGUAUUUCUUGUAGUUGUGUUCUAACACUCCUAUUCCUCCCUGUUUGCCUUCUCACUCGCACUUGGGUCAUUAUUAAUUUGUAUUGUUUGGCAAAUGAAGUUGUAGACACAAUUUCAUAAGGUUUUUCAUUUUUGUGCCUGUGCUUUUUUAGUAGGAAGAUCCAUUUUGGGGGUGAAAUCAGAAGUCACGAGUAUAAUGUUACAACUAAUAUUUGAUUUAUUUAAUCUCUUCAGCUUGUUUCA